AUGCCAUCCGUCUGGGAUGUCAGCUCGAAUUAUAGGCUGCUCUUUCAUAUGGUCGAGCAAUGCAAUCCCAAGGUCAGCUGGGAGUCUGUUGCUGCCGCCAUGGGCGGUGGUUUUACUGCUGAAGCAUGCCGCCAGCACUUUGCUAAGCUGAAGAAAACCAUGUCGGAUGGCACUGCCAAUCCCAAUGGCAAUGGCGGAGCCGGUUCCCCCGUCCCCGCUACCCCGACCCCACGCAAGCGUAAGGCGAGAGAGCCAAAGGCCCCUAGCGAAACUCCCGUCAAGCGCCCUCGUAAGAACGCCAAAAAAGCCCAGGAUGAUGGCGACAAUGACGAAGGGAAGGAGACUGCAUAA